ACUGCUACAGCAACAAUGGCAGUAAACCAAAACUUCCAAACCCUAAGGCUGGACUAUCUAUCAAUCUCUCGUGCACCGUGGAAACCAGCUCAACUCAAAGGCACCCUUGCCGAGCAACGCCCUUUCGUCGUCACUUACCUUGUAAACUCGUGCAGCCUUUCCUUAGAGUCCGCCAUUGCAGUUUCCGAGAAGAUACAGUUCCAGUCCCCCGAGAGACCAGAUUUGGUCUUAGCUCUUUUGAGAAACUACGGGUUCUCAAAAACCCAGAUCUCAAAUCUCAUCAGGAAACGCCCAAAGCUUCUUUUAUCCCAUCCCCAUAACAUCCUUAUUCCAAAGCUCGAGUUUUUCCGGUCUAUCGGGUUGUCAAGCAGUGAACUUGCGAGGACUCUUUCAUCGGAAACAACCCUUUUAACUCGAAGCUUAGAGAAUAAAAUCAUCCCCACUUACGAGUUUCUCAAGAGUGUUUUGCUCUCCGAUGAGAAAAUCGUUGCUUCCAUGAAACGCAGUACAUGGAUCUUCCUUGUAAAUCCCUCGAAGAGUCUUAUCCCCAACGUGGCUUAUUUGAAAGAAUCAGGCGUGCCCCAGAAUUGUGUCUCCCUUUUAUUAACCCAUUUCCCCGAAGCCGUGAUGCAAAAACAAGAAUCCUUUUGUGAAACCGUGAGAGAGGUUAAAGAAAUGGGAUUCGAGCCGAAGAAAUCCACGUUCGUGUUGGCGAUUCACGCCCUUUCCGGGAAAGGAAACAAGUCGAUAUGGGACAAGUGUUUCGAGGUUUACAAGCGAUGGGGUUGGUCUAAAGAUGAUAUCCUCUCGGCGUUUAGGAAACAGCCUCACUCCAUGAUGUUGUCGGAGAAGAAAAUCAUGAAGAGUAUGGAUUAUUUUGUGAAUGAAAUGGGGUGGCCAUCCAGAGCCAUAGCUGAAUGCCCUGUGGUCUUGUUCUUCAGCUUGGAGAAGAGAAUAAUCCCCAGGUGUUCUGUUUUCCAGAUUCUGUUGACCAAGGGAUUGAUAAAAGAAGAUUCCAGCUUAACGACGGUGCUGCUGCCGGUGGAGGAACGGUUCUUGGAGAGGUUUGUGAGCAGAUAUCAUGAGGAAGUGCCUGAAUUGUUGAGUGUGUAUCAAGGGAAGGUGAAAUCCGAGGGAUUAUGAUGUUCUAUAUCCGCUUACGGCUU